AUGAAGCUAAUUCAUAACAUCAACUUUCGUGAACUAUGCACUACAUACCUUGGUGUCAUUCUUCUCUUUUCUGUAAGAGUAAGCCUACGUUGCUUCCAACCUACCACUCUUGCAGCUGCCGCUCCAACAAACGAGACAGAUCGUUUGGGUUUGCUCAAAUUCAAAGAAAUGAUACCCAACGACCCAUUUAACAUCUUCACCUCUUGGAGUGAUUCCAUCCCUUUCUGCAACUGGCAUGGAGUUACAUGCGGCCCCAGGCAUCAAAGAGUUACGGCCUUGGACCUAUCUGGCUUUACUUUAGGUGGAUCCAUAUCACCUUACGUUGGCAACCUCAGCUUUCUUAGGGUGCUCAACCUCUCCGACAACUUCUUACACGGCGAAAUUCCACAAGAAGUCACUCAUUGGUUCCGCCUGCAACAUCUCAAUCGUAGCAUUAACUUGUUAACGGGGGAAAUUCCAAACAACUUCACCAACUAUCCUGAACUCAGAUUCUUGGACUUCCAAAGGAAUAAUCUUACUGGGAAUAUUCCUGUUGAACUCGGCUCUUCAAAGAGGCUUGUGUGGACCAUUUCAGUUGCACUUAACCGACUUAAUGGCACUCUUCCAGCCAACAUAAGUCUCACUCUCCCUAAUCUCCAAUAUUUGUCCAUCAAUACUAAUCAAUUCUCUGGUCCAAUCCUAGUUUCACCAUCCAAUGUCUCUCGGCUUGAAAAUCUUGAUCUCACCCGAAACAAUUUCGUGGGACAAGUUCCGAGAAAAUCAGAAAAAGAAUCAUCUUGUACACUCCCCAAAACCAACUUUCUUUCAAAUGUUUCAUACAAGGAGCUCUAUCAAACUACUGACGGAUUUUCUUCUAACAAUUUAAUUGGAUCUGGUAGUUUUGGCUCCGUAUAUAAAGGAAUUCUUGAUCAUGAAAAAAGGAUGGUUGCUGUGAAAGUGUUGAACCUUCAACAGAAAGAAGCUUCCAAGAGUUUCAUGGCUGAAUGCAAUGCGUUAAGAAAUAUACGGCAUCGGAAUCUCGUGAAGAUCUUAACUUGUUGCUCAAGCGUGGACUAUAACGGCAAUGAAUUCAAAGCACUAGUUUACGAAUUCAUGGCAAAUGGAAACUUAGACAAGUGGCUGCACCAUGAUAGAGAGAAUGAAAGUCCACACAGAUAUUUGAACCUCCUUCAAAGACUAAAUAUUGCGAUCGAUGUAGCUUCUUCACUACAUUAUCUGCAUGAUCAUUGUGAAACACCAAUCAUUCAUUGUGAUUUGAAGCCAAGCAAUGUUCUUCUUGACGAUGACAUGAUUGCUAAAGUAAGUGAUUUUGGUUUGGCAAGGAUCCUCUUUGCAACAAAUGAUGAUUCUCAAAAUCAAACUAGCACAGUUGGAAUAAAGGGUACUAUUGGCUACGCUGCUCCAGAGUAUGGAAUGGGCGGUGAGGCAUCAACACAAGGAGAUGUCUAUAGUUAUGGGAUUUUUUUGUUGGAGAUGUUCACAGGAAAGAGACCCACCGACAAAAUGUUUUCAGAUGGUUUCAACCUUCAUAACUUUGUUAAAAUGGCAUUGCCAGAAAAGCUUGUGCAAGUUGUAGACCCAAAUCUACUGAAAAGAGAAGUAAAUGAAUUAGUAGUGGUAGCAGAAGAAGAUGGCUACAACUACAAUGAUUACAAUAAUAUUGAGGCAGUAGAAGAAAGAGUCCUUAUUGAGAACUUAAGCCAUAUGAAUUUUAAUAUGCAAAAGUGCCUACUUUCAAUUUUCAAGAUUAGCCUUGCUUGUUCAUUAGCAGUGCCAAAUGAAAGAAUGAAGAUGGAAGAUGUCACCAGGGAACUACAUCGGAUCAAAAAUGAUUUUCUACAAGUUAGGAUCCAUGAAUAA